CAAUCUGCGCAUAGUUUAGGCUUGAACCAGCCAAUCGGAAUGCGGAGUCACCGGGAAAUUUAAAUCGCGCCGGCAGGCUGCACGAGGCACACCGUUUCUGGGUUCAGCCGCGGUGGACUUGUCGAUAUCCCUCUGUCCGCAGCCGAUAGAUCUGCUCCAGGAAGUUCAUUUCAUCCCUUUGUAGGGGUGGGAAGUAAAAGGAUUAUCCUUGGACCAAAACUACAUCCACAGUGCCGAAAACUUGGAAGAGCUUUCUCUUUGUCUCAAACCAUGUCCACCAAUGAGAAUGCUAAUUCACCAGCUGCCCGGCUGAAUAGAUUCAAGAACAAGGGAAAAGACAGCACAGAAAUGAGGCGGCGAAGAAUAGAAGUCAAUGUGGAGCUAAGGAAAGCUAAGAAAGACGAUCAGAUGCUGAAAAGGAGGAAUGUCAGCUCAUUUCCUGAUGAUGCUACUUCACCACUGCAGGAAAACCGCAACAACCAGGGCACUGUGAAUUGGACUGUCGAUGACAUUGUCAAAGGCAUAAAUAGCAAUAAUCUAGAAGGCCAGCUCCAAGCUACUCAAGCUGCCAGGAAAAUGCUUUCUCGGGAAAAACAGCCCCCCAUUGACCACAUAAUCCGGGCUGGAUUGAUUCCAAAAUUUGUGUCCUUCUUGGGCAGAACUGAUUGUUGUCCCAUUCAGUUUGAGUCUGCUUGGGCGCUCACCAACAUUGCUUCCGGGUCAUCAGAGCAGACCAAAGCCGUGGUGGAGGGAGGUGCUAUCCCAGCACUCAUUGCUCUCUUGGCGUCUCCCCACACUCACAUCAGUGAGCAAGCUGUGUGGGCUCUGGGAAACAUUGCAGGUGAUGGUUCAGUUUUCCGAGACUUGGUUAUUAAAUAUGGUGCAAUUGACCCGCUCCUGGCUCUUCUUGCAGUUCCUGAUAUGUCAUCUUUAGCAGGUGGUUACUUACGUAAUCUUACCUGGACACUUUCAAACCUCUGCCGCAACAAGAAUCCUGCACCCCCGCUAGAUGCUGUUGAGCAGAUUCUUCCUACUUUGGUUCGUCUCCUGCAUCACAAUGAUCUGGAAGUAUUAGCAGAUACCUGCUGGGCUGUUUCUUACCUUACCGAUGGUCCAAAUGAACGCAUUGAAAUGGUUGUAAAAACGGGCGUUGUGCCCCAUCUGGUGAAGCUUCUAGGAUCAAAUGAAUUGCCAAUUAUGACUCCCGCACUAAGAGCCAUAGGGAAUAUUGUCACUGGAACAGAUGAACAGACUCAGAUUGUGAUAGAUGCAGGAGCACUUGCUGUCUUCCCCAGCCUGCUCACCCACUCCAAAACUAAUAUUCAGAAGGAAGCUACAUGGACAAUGUCAAACAUCACAGCCGGCCGUCAGGACCAGAUACAGCAAGUCGUGAAUCACGGACUAGUCCCCUUCCUCGUCAGUGUCCUCUCUAAGGCAGACUUUAAGACACAAAAGGAAGCUGUGUGGGCUGUGACCAACUAUACAAGUGGUGGGACAGUUGAACAGAUUGUAUAUCUUGUUCAUUGUGGUAUAAUAGAACCAUUGAUGAACCUCUUAACUGCGAAAGACGCGAAAAUCAUUCUGGUUAUUCUGGAUGCCAUUUCAAAUAUCUUCCAGGCUGCUGAGAAACUAGGUGAAACUGAGAAGCUUAGUAUAAUGAUUGAAGAAUGUGGAGGCUUGGACAAAAUCGAAGCUCUACAGAACCAUGAAAAUGAGUCUGUGUACAAGGCCUCAUUAAACUUGAUUGAGAAGUAUUUCUCAGUAGAGGAAGAAGAAGAUCAGAAUGUUGUGCCAGAAACUACCUCUGAAGGUUAUACCUUCCAAAUUCAAGAUGGGACUUCUGGUACCUUUAACUUCUAGAUUGUGCACCUGAGGAAGACAUCACAUUUUUGUUGUGUACUAUGUUCAGUAUAAGUUCGUCUUCUGUAUCUCUACUAAGAACUCUUUUUAAAUGUGGUCUGUUAUUGUAGCACUUUGUACAACAAAACUAUACUUGAACAGUUCCAAACUGUACAUACUGUAUGAAGCUUAUCCUCUCUGAAGGGGUUUCUUAUUUCUGU